AUGGGCCUUCACCCAUAUGCGCUGACACUGGCCUGCUUUGUCAUUCUCUGCAUCUUCGAACCACUGGCGAAGUUGGUCUUCAGCGUCGGUAGAAGACCGGACAGUGCAGAGAAGCACGAGGAGAGGCUAAGUUCCUUCGUAUCCGAGGUAUCAGCCUCCUCUGUUCCUUGCAACGGCCCGAAGUUGAUCCUGCAUGUUGGGCCGCCAAAAACGGGAACCACGGCUAUUCAAGAAUUCCUGGUGAAGAAUGCAGGCUGGCUUCAGGAGCAGUGGGGCAUUACUGUGGGUUUUCACAGCAAAGGAAAGGCAGUUGCAGAGUACAUUGUGCAUCCACUUACCUACUUCUGUAAUGGGAAGACGGCCCUAUUGAAAUCCUUGCGGCUGUCAGAGGAAAAGGUGAGGCAGAAAUUGAAAGACGGGCUGGGCUUUCUCCAGUCCAAGCUGAACUCAUCUCAGCUGGUUCUCUUAUCCAGUGAAGGCUUUCAGACCUUCGAUAACAAGUCGUGGCAGUGCUUCAAAUCCGAAAUUGGGGCAGCCACCUGCCAAGUUGCAGUGGUUUUUCACCGGAAUUCUGCGACCUGGAAUGCAGCACGCUGGUCACAAGGCUCCAAGCACGACAGCUCCCCGAUGAGUUUCUCUUCGUAUGUGGCAGACAAAAUGGCUUCCCCGGUCGAUGCACAUGGAGACAGCGACACGCAGCUGCAGCAGCUCAACCGACUGAGACCUUUUGACAGGGUGAUUCCCGUUUCCUAUGACUAUCUGAAGGAGGUCAACUGCAGUGGAGCAGCCUUCCUGAUCUGCAAUGCUAGCCUUGCCCUGACAGGCAAGAAGUGGCUGCAAUGCCGGAACUCUGUGAACGGUCGCAGCUCGAAGCUUCGAAACAAGUCCCCACCGCAUGCGGCAAUUGAUGUAGUUCGCUUGGCGCGGGAUUUUUACGAGAUGAAACAGGCAGUGCGAAAGAACACAUCGAGAUGCAAGCCCUGGCCAAUCGGCAGGUGGAGCGACGGCUACUUGUUCAGACACCCUGAUAUGAUGACAUCUACGAACCCUGCCGUCAUCCAGGUGGCUAAGCAGAUCCCGGUCAAGUGUGAAAAGUUCGAUGGCUUGUUCCACAGCGAGACUGAGAAGUGGUUUUCGCGGACAGGGGCGACGCGGCCAAAUUCUGGCUCCAAGGACAUCUGUACUGCUGAUGUUGCUGCUUUCGGAGCAAAGCACUGGCGGUUGAUCGGUACCACGCUCCGUAGCUUCGGACAUGCGCUUGGCGAUGCACCAGAAACGGGCUACGGGUACGCAAAUGGUCGCAUGUUCCACCGCAAGGAGCUGAAAUGGCUCGACAAGACACGGCAGUUCGACUACUACAAGGCCCGAAGAGAGUGGAUCCAGAAGUACCAGGCCAACUUACUGAGAGCUUCCACGGAGGCCCGGGAGGCCCGAGGUCUCGCCGAGUUGCCUUUGGCCGCUGAGCCUGGCGCGCUCUGA